CUUUAAUUUGCAACCAAAUUUGUUUGGCCUUGUCUAUAGCUGGUUUACAACCCUUCUUCUCAUCUUUGUACAGCUUCCGGGCCAGAUGUGAGCCUGGGUUCCGAAGGACUACCGUUUUGGCCUGCCCUUUUACAUAAUCACGACAAAGCUGGAUUUUUGUUGUUUUUUUUUUAAUCUACCUUAACGUUCUUUUACCCAUAUUGGGUGGAAAAAGGGGUGGUAGCCACUUCUAGCAACAGCUCUCGGUUAUCAAGAAGCAGUUUGGGCAGGCUGCAGCAGCAGCGUCGGGUCUUGAAUAGGCAUUUGGGCUUUGGCCUCCAGCAGACACUGCCCCAAUGAGCCAUGGACUUUGGUAAACUAUUUACCCUCUCGGUGCCUCGGUUUUCUCAGACCUAAAAUGAGGACAAAACACCUACCUUUCAGGAAGGCAGUGUGAAGACUACACAAGCCAAAAAAUUUUAAAGGUAUGCAAGAAAAAGAAGCCCGUUAUAAUUAAUUACUACGACUUGUAUGAUUAACCCCAGGCCCAAAGCCAGGUUUGCUCGAGAAUUUGGCGCUCCACCGGUGACACACGCCGCAGCCUCAGCCCAGCCUCAGGCUAACCCCUGCCACAGCAUCCUCGGUGCGCAUGCUCGCUUGCGACUUGUAGCGGGCUUGCGCCCUCUGAGCUGCAGGGCCCGCGCCGCGAAGCUACCGCGCAGGCGCGGCAGACCUGGGGCGGUGGAACGGGCGUCGCGGUCCAGGUCGGCCAUGGCUGAGGCGUCCAGGUGGCACCGAGGCGGGACUCCGCAACACAAGCCACAUUACGGCCGGGAAGUAGAAAUUAGAACUACUCUCCAGGAGUUGUUACUCUACUUAAUUUUUUUAGUAAACCUAUGUAUAUUGUCUUUUGGGAUGGUAAACCCACAUAUGUAUUACUUAAACAAAGUUAUGUCAUCGCUAUUUUUGGACACUUCUGUGGGUGGUGAUGAGAGAACCAACUUUAAGUCUAUUCGCAGCAUAACUGAUUUUUGGAAGUUUAUGGAAGGACCCCUUUUGGAAGGUCUGUACUGGGACUCAUGGUACAAUAGCGAGAAGUUGUAUGAUUUAAAGAACAGCAGUCGCAUCUACUAUGAGAACAUACUUUUAGGAGUCCCCAGAGUCCGUCAACUAAAAGUCCGCAAUAACACAUGCAAGGUCUAUUCAUCCUUUCAGUCUUUGAUGAGUGAAUGUUAUGACAGAUACACUUCUGGAAAUGAAGACCUGUCUGAGUUUGGCCUUAAACAGGAUACUGAAUGGACAUACUCUGCUCCUCGUACCAACUCCCCUUGGCACUGGGGAUUUGUUGGUGUUUACCAAAACGGGGGAUAUAUGUUCACUUUAUCAAAAUUGAAAUCUGAAACCAAAACCAAGUUCAUUAACCUUCGACUGAACAGCUGGAUCACAAGAGGGACUAGAGUUAUUUUUAUUGAUUUUUCAUUAUACAAUGCUAAUGUAAAUCUGUUUUGCAUCAUCAGAUUGGUGGCAGAAUUCCCUGCAACUGGAGGCAUACUUACUUCAUGGCAGUUUUACUCUGUGAAGCUCCUCAGAUAUGUUAGCUACUAUGAUUAUUUUAUUGCUUCCUGUGAAAUCACAUUUUGUAUUUUUCUUAUUGUCUUCACAACACAAGAAAUCAAAAAUAUAAGUGAAUUUAAGUAUGCCUAUUUCAAAAGUAUUUGGAACUGGCUAGAAUUGCUACUUUUGGCAUUGUGUUUUGUGGCUGUUUUCCUCAACUCAUACUGUAUUAUACAAGUUUUUCUCUUACUUGGAAAGCUGUUAAAAAAUACUGAAGAAUAUUCAGACUUCUAUUUUCUUGCAUACUGGCACAUUUAUUACAACAAUAUAAUUGCUAUUACUAUCUUCUUUGCAUGGAUAAAGAUAUUCAAAUUCAUAAGCUUUAAUAAGACGAUGUCUCAGCUGUCAUCAACCUUGUCUCGCUGUAUCAAAGACAUAGUAGGAUUUGCCAUCAUGUUUUUUAUAAUAUUCUUUGCUUACGCCCAGUUAGGAUUUCUUGUUUUUGGAUCACAAGUUGAUGACUUUUCCACUUUUCACAAUUCCAUAUUUGCACAAUUUCGAAUUGUUCUUGGAGAUUUUAAUUUUGCUGGAAUUCAGCAAGCCAAUCGUAUCUUGGGACCCAUUUACUUCAUCACUUUCAUCUUUUUCGUGUUUUUUGUCCUGCUGAACAUGUUCUUGGCAAUAAUUAACAAUACCUAUUCUGAAGUGAAAGCUGAUUAUUCAGUAGGCAGAAGGCCAGACUUUGAGCUUGGUAAAAUGAUUAAAGAGAGUUACCACAAUGUUCUUGAAAAACUCAAUCUAAGGAAACCUCAAAAGGAUGAAGACAAGAAAAAUAUGAAAAGUGGAGAUUUGGCUGAACAAGCCAGAAGAGAAGGCUUUGACGAAAAUGAGAUUCAAAGUGCAGAGCGGAUGAAAAAAUGGAAAGCAAGGCUUGAGAAAAAGUACUAUUCUACAGAAAUUCAAGAUGACUACCAGCCUGUCACUCAACAAGAAUUUCGAGAACUCUUUUUAUAUGCUGUGGAGUUGGAAAAAGAAUUACACUACGUCAGUUUAAAACUAAACCGAGUGAUGAGAAAGGUUUCAGCUCUACAAUAUUGAGAGAAGUGGAGGUGAGAAUCUGUGAUGCAAGUACUGACCAUUCCUAACAAAGAUUUAUUCUUGUAUUCUAUUAUUUCCUAAACUUGUCCCCAUUUCAAGUACACUUUAAAAGUACUAAACCACCUAUCAUCAGGGUCAUGAUAAUCAUCAAAUGAUUGCCAGGAAUUAAGUGCCCCUGAAUGAGACCUACUGUACAAUCCAUGCAUAUUACCACAUGCCUCCAGAGUAUACACACACUGAUACACACAAAGGAUUUUAUAACAAGAUUUAUUAUUAAAUUCUAGGGAUGUGAAGGAAAAGUACAAAACAAUGCUGCUUAUAGUUCAUGGGGCAGGUCUCUAAUGAAUAGAUCAGUAAGUAGAUAGAGACACUUUUCUCAAUGUUACACAGAGUAUACGAACCGUUGGUGCUCUCAUCGUGUACCAUGUUCUAACUUCCUCUGUCCAUAGAUAAAUUAAGAAAUGCUGAGGAUUCUGGAAAACCAUUAUAUAAGACCCCAAGUAAAAUAAUCUCACCUCCAUUCUUCCCAAUUUGAAGUCUCCCAGAAAAGGCCAUAGCGCAGAACAAACUUGUCAACCACCUAGAGAAAUUUCCCUAAUAUCUUCAAACUGGAAAUUCAUCUAGACACUUUCUAAAGUAAUACAUUUAACGUUUCCCAAAAGUGCUUCCUUGACUACUUUAAAAGCAAAAUAUAUUUUAAAAAAUAAAAUAAAGGGCAAUGUAAGGGUAUCAGAGUUACAAGAAGUCAAGUUAUGUUUGUAAGUGUAAAUGAGGGUGCUGCAAAAGCCCUAUCUGGAUAGUUGGAAAGUUUUAUAUGGCCAGCAUUUUGGAAACUGGAAGGAAAUUCUGUUAACUUUUUUUUGGUUACAUAAGCCCUCCUAGAAGAGCCAAAUGUCCUCCUAGCCCAAGCAACAUCAUUUGACCAUAGUAAUCAACUUCCACACUGGUGCUCAAAGUCUCUGGAUUUUAAAACUCGAAUAAAGGAAUUUUUAAAUCUACCCACCUUCCUCAAGCCAAGCUCUUCUCUUAGAGACUGCACUUCAAGUUUUCUGAAUGGGAUAACUCACCACAAGAAAAAAUGCCGACUAUUCCCUCUGCAUCUCCUCCCUAGAUUUCCACAGGGAAUCAACAACAUGGCCUCUCCUUGUCUUACCAGUUCCCAGAGCUGUAGCCAGCCAAGU